AUGAAGGGCUCUCCUCCUACAUUCAGCACCGCUUUGGGGAAUUCCACCAUAGCUGAUCGCAAGAUGGCGAAGGAUAUGGGAAAGAGGGGAGCUAUCGACUACAUUCCGGGCUACGAUCGAGUGCAGUCGCUGGCGGUGAUUUUACUCUAUGUCCAGGUAAUUAGUGUCCCUUGCAUCUCCAUCCACUUCCCCAAUUUCAUCUCCUCCGGGGUCUUGCUCGCAAAUCUAGCAAUCGCGUUGUUUGCUCUUGUGGCGAUUGAGAGUGGGAGUCAUUCCCUUGGCCGCGCUUACGCCGCAUUGCUAGUGUGUGCCUUGCAUACUUCUCCUUGGAGAUCAGGUAAGUUUCUUACGUGCUGGAUUUUCUUAGUUUUUGCGUGGUUUGCUGCAUUUUCAUUUUGUUCUCCUGUACAUUUGCAGCCAAACCAGCACCGAGAAGCUUCGGACCGUAAGCCGAUGAUCUCCAUCCAGAGCGUGAGCUCCAGUGAGAAGAUCGACAGCUUGCCAAUUCGUGGAGAUCGGCCGUCUAGUUACUACCAGAGGCUCGUCCAGCCCACUGCUGCUACUUCCGUGGAGAGCACACCGGCUUUCCACUCCAGACAGACUUCCAUAAGCGACCAGAUCCUCGGUGGCUCGAUCUAUGAUCCAACGUACUACGCCUCGCUCUUCCGGAUCCAGGAGAAGGAGAAUUGCUCGAGCUCGUCAACAAAGGACAUUGGGGAUGAUAACGAAAAGCGUGCUAGCGGAGAAUAAGCGCUGUAGAGCAACUUUGUCCUUCUACCCGGCAUUAAACUCCAGGAGCUGGUUUUUCUCGCAGAAUCUGGGCAGAGCGUUGGUCUGGAUCAUAGCAUAGCGGUUUAAUGGGAAACAGUUCACGCGGCAUUCAAGGACAAGAAAUCGACAGCGGAGACGUACGGAAAGAAGUGGGCUUCCAUUAGAAAGGAGCAACAGCUUGAAUUUUGAGGCCUUUCUUGGAUGUACUUGGAGAUGCAAAAAAGCGGCGUCAAAAUCAGCCCGCAAAAGAGCCCAGCGAUCAACUACCACAUUGAUUCACGGCUCCGAGAAAAAAGCAUACGUCGAUCAUAUUAAUAGUGGGCGGCAUUCUUCCGAUUGGACGAUCUCUUUGACGCUGUUCAGGACGGUAUACGGAUCUGGUGUAUGAUUUUCAUGUCGUGUUUUCACGCUGAAAAAUUCAUCACUGCUAAUGUAGCAAACUGAUCAACGUUGCGGUUCCCGGAAGCAUCGAUGAGAGGGCACUCUGCGCAAAAACAUUUGACUGGUCUCCGCAGUCCUGCUAUCAAAUAAUAAAGAUUAUUGCUUUCAGGCGUCAACUUGAAAGCGGCACCAGAGCUCGCGGAGAUGCUAAACGAAAUAAAAAAUGAACUGUGUGAAAAUUCUUUAGUGUUUGGAGUUUGCCGUCUCCAGGUGAAAAGAUCUUAAGGUGGAGAUUGCAUUUCUGUGGCAAUUGGUGCGGUAUCAUACCCUCCAGCUGCUGAAGAACAUGGUGUCCGAGUACGACAUCUUGAACUGGGCUAACAAUAAAGUGAAGCGAUCAGGCUGCAAAGACAGUAUGGAGAGUUUCAAGGACAAGAGCUUAUCAUCUGGCAUCUUCUUCCUCGAUCUUCUCUGGGCUGUAGAACCACGCGUUGUAAACUGGCAGCUCGUGACCAAAGGAGUAACAG